UAUACUUUUUGGAGCAUCAUCGGUGCAGAUAUUGCAGAUAGUGCAGAAGCAGUACCUGCUUAAUACCUAUACAUUUUGUACAACAGCAAUCGCAAAAGAGCAAAGAAUCAAGAAGAAUUGGAUCUGUGACAUAUACCUACCAGCUAACAGCUAUAGCUAGCUGUAAUAGCAGCAUCUGUGAGACGCGCAGCGACAGCAACGGCAUUGCAAAAGGAGGCUAUAGCAGAGCAGCACCUGGAGCUUCGCUCUCUCCAUGUUCUUAAGGAGACGACGUCGUUCGAGGCGCUCGCCAGUAGCUGAGAAUAGCCAACCGGUGGCCCGUGCUUUCAUGCCCCUUCUCUUCGUCAGGACGAGCUGCUCCCAGUGCCCGGAUUCUUCUUUCUUCACCUCCUCAACAUCCUCCCCGUCGCUUUUUGCUCGUUCGGCAGUACUGCAGCAGCCACGGACGGUCCCAGCCAACAGCAUCGUCCUGGAGGAGGCCCGCCUCUGACGAACGCUUGAUUCUAGGAUAACUCAGUGAAUUCCUUUUCACCACCUAGUGCAACUACGUCUUCAUCAUCGCUACAACAAAGCUCUCCUGUUUAAAGACAUGACUAGCAAACACACACAGCCUUCAGGGGCAAGGAGAAAGGAGAGCCAGUGUGGAAUUUUUCAUUUUCUUUUCGUUUCCAAUCUUCAAUCGUAUAGGUGGUAGGCUUUUUGCAUAACUGAGAUAGCACUGGGACACUGGGAGCUGGGAGCCAGUCUAGAAAGUGCCUCUGACUUCCUUAAUAAGUUCAAUCUGUUGCUGAUCAUGGUGGAAAGCGGCAGGGAAUACGUGCUGCAAUGGCCUGGCCAUGCAGCAUAUGUUACUGAGAGAUUUAGUGGAUUAUUAGCUCGACAGACACUAGUCGAUGUUACUCUCAUAUGUGAUGAACAAAAGUUAAGAGUUCACAAACUAGUAUUAGCUUCUUGCAGUCUUUAUUUUGAGGAAAUCUUAGCAGAAGACCUUGGACCUGAACCAAUUAUACUACUUAGAGACUUAAAUUUUAGUAUAUUAAAAGCCAUGAUUGAAUUUAUGUACUGUGGUGAAACAACAGUAUCUCAUGUUUACUUACCAUCGUUACUAGCUGCAGCUAGAUUAUUUAAGGUUAAAGAGUUAGAGUCUCUUGUGGAAAAUAUGGUUGGCUCUAUAACGCAAAGUUCCAAUUGUAACGAAGGAGAGUACUUGCCAAAUGACGUUGGAAGCAGCGGGCGCGCCAAUGGUGUGAUAAAUAAUGAAGACAACGGCAUCCGAGUGAGUUUCACAAACAAAAAAAAUUGCCAAUCUAACUACCGCGAAACGAAUAGUAGUGACUCAGAGUCAGAAAGAAAUUACAUCGAGGAAAAUAUUUCUGAAACUUUGUCCGAUAGUCCAAACGAUCGCUCCCUGUAUGAGGAUCCCUGUGGUAUCCCAAAAAGCAAAAUGUAUUCUACGUUGCUUAGAAACAGUGAAAGUAAAGAUGGUCCAUUGAGAAAAAAUGACGGGGAAAAUUCUGUAGAAUUACUGAGCGAUUCGUCAUCAACUCUGGACUCUGAAAAUUGUGAAAAAGAUUCGGAGUCGACGAGGUUGUACAAGCGUUGCUAUGAAUUUGUGAGUAAUGGCUGUGCCAAAGGUGAGGGAAGUUCACAGCUGUACUUGACGCCCGAGUCGACCGACAACGAGAUCAACCGGGUGGGCCAAUGUUCAAAGGUUUACACACACAAAAAACGCAAAGCCAAUGGCGAUAAUACGUUAAAAAGGCACACGCACCUCGAUAAAACAUUGCCCCAGCCUCUUGUCUCAAAUUCCAUCGAUUUGACGGACGACUCAUCGAAUGAAGAAGCGCCCGUAACUCUUAAAACAAAUUUGGACGGUGAGAGUUCAGAUUAUCUGUUGAGUUUCAAUAACGAGAGCAUACAGUCCAUCGUUGGCUGUUCAUUAAGCGAUUUUUGUCCCUCUGGUAGGUUGGAACUGAUAAAUGCGCGAACGCAUAGCGUGGAUGAGAAAAAUAGCGUUAAAGUAGGAAGAGAAGAAGAUAGGACUCCUGUGCUAAGGAGAAGCGUUCGUCUCAAUCAGCAGGAGAGCGAAGAAACCUUAGUUAAGGUAAAGUCGAAACUCAAGGACGGGAAAAAAAGCUCCCCAGACAAUAUAAAAUUAUUUUCACGUACAAAACGCAAGAAUAAAGAAUUAGAACGUAGAGUUCCUAAUGUAAAAGUGAUCGUGACAGCAACACAAUCUACGAGUAAGAGUCACUCGCGACCGCUGCGUAGAACGUCUAAACUCGUUGACCGAUGUACACCUAAGAAUCACCUGGCCAAGAGUAGUGAUAAGCCAAAGACGGUAGAAAAAUUAACAAACUCCGUCAGCGUGCAUGAAAGACCAGAAGCGACUGAGACCGUAGCUGGAGAUAAUCAGCAUCUGAACGAUGUUCCCGUCAAAUCAAAUAUUAGAGCGUCGUCGGUGAAUCGAGCUCUAUGGGGUGACAUGUCGGACAUGACUGAGGACGGCGAGGUGAACGAGGAGUUUCUCGAAUACUCACAAAGCGCUGAGAUACCUUUCGCAGUAGGCUUGCUGCCUUUGCGUGCGGCUCUCGAGAGGAUGCAGGCAACUCUCGACCACCAACCAAGAAAAACGCGAUCGUCGGUUGCUUCGACGAAACAAGAACCUAAUAAUCUCAAGAGGAAAAAUUCGCCGUUGCACGAGACUGUUGCGCCUGCAAAGAAGCAAAACAUUCACGACAUUGAAGUAGAAGAAAAUGCUAGUGCAGUUUGUCAUAUACAGAUAAGAACGUCUUCACCAUGUUCAAAACUUCGAAAAAGGUCUCUGUCCGACGGCACCACUGCCAGCUUAAGUGGGACCGCUGUUAACGGGCGGCCAUAACUGCGUUGUUUUGCAGAAAGUUAGGGUCUGAAAUUUGGAUAAGGUGCGGUACUGUGUUUAAUGGCACUCCUACUUUAUGUACAUUGUAAAUUUGUUCAGAUUAAUUUUUUUAUAAAAUUAACUAGCAUAAUGAUACUUACAAUUGAUAAUUGUUUUUGUAAAUUUUGUAACAAAAUAUCGUUUAACUACUAAGCUAUUAUUAUUACACUGUAUAAUUUUGUGUAUUGUAAAUCGAUUUCUAUUGAUAUAAGAAAAGUCACACUGUGGUAACGUGAUUCAUGUAAAAUACCCAAUGCUAAGGUACGGAUCGGAAUAUGUUUAUAUCGAAUACGAUUGAACUUACUCGAGCAUAAAUUAAGUAAUCAUAAAAUUUUAUAAAUUAAUAGUAAUUCACCGUUAUUAAUUUCUUGCGGUUCGGUUGUAGUCUUUUACUUCAAUAAUAGUAUUAACAAGUUGAUUUUGUAUAUUUCAAAAUUUAUAUAUAAUUACAUAUAUUUGUUGAUAACUGUAAAUUUUAAUUGACUUCUGCAUUAUGAAAUGAAGUUUGAAAACCAUUUAAAAGUAUGUAUUUGAUAUUUUUUAUUGAUUAAAAUGUGUAAUCGUCAUAAAAAUUGAAUAGCAACUUUAUUAAUAUCAGAGAAAUAACAACAAUUUAAUACAAACACUUUUUUUGUAAAAAUUUACAAAAUUAUUUAUAAUGUAAAUACGUGAUGAUUUUGGAUCAUGUUUAAGUUACUUUUAUUUUUAUUUGCAAUAUGAAAUUUAGCAUAUAAAAAAUACAUUUACAUCAGGCUACUAAUAUUAACUUUUUAAUAAGUUACAUGUAUUUUUUUUCUACAAAAUUAUGAAUCGCAAGGCGAUAUGUACAGUGCGUAAAAUUAUUUUUCUAAAUGAAUAAUAUAAAUUAUAACACCAAUUCUUUUUAAAAGAAAGCAAAGUUCAAAUAAAUCUUAGUCACUCCAGUUAAAACAUUUUUAUUUUAACCCGGUAGACGAGACAUGAAAAAAGUGAAUAAGUUUAAAUCAGGGCAAUA